UGAUUAGCAGCAGACAGAGCUAACCUGAACCUGCAAAGCUGAGCGAUAAGGAGCCAAGACACUAGUGGGUUCAUUUGGACGAACAGCUACCAGAACAGUUUCUUGUCACAACCUUCUCAAUUUUGUAUUCUCCAGAGAUGUGAAGGGCUUUUAAAAUUGUCCCAUAUAUGAAAAGAAAGCUUUACUGUGGUGAUCAUAGACUAUGAGAAGACACAGAAAUGAAGUUACAAUUGAAUUGCGGAAGAACAAAAGAGAUGAACAUCUUUUGAAAAAAAGAAAUGUUCCCCAAGAAGAAAGUUUAGAAGAUUCUGAUGUUGAUGCUGACUUCAAAGCACAAAAUGUAACACUAGAAGCUAUACUGCAGAAUGCCACAAGUGACAACCCAGUGAUCCAACUGAGUGCUGUCCAAGCUGCAAGAAAACUCCUAUCCAGUGACAGAAAUCCACCUAUUGAUGACUUAAUAAAAUCAGGAAUUUUACCAAUUCUGGUAAAAUGCCUAGAAAGGGAUGAUAAUCCUUCAUUACAAUUUGAAGCUGCAUGGGCAUUGACUAACAUAGCAUCAGGCACUUCUGCGCAGACUCAAGCUGUUGUACAGUCUAAUGCAGUACCCCUCUUCUUGAGACUACUUCAUUCACCGCACCAGAAUGUUUGUGAGCAAGCUGUCUGGGCUCUCGGGAAUAUUAUAGGUGAUGGUCCUCAGUGUAGAGAUUAUGUCAUAUCACUGGGAGUUGUCAAACCUCUUCUGUCCUUCAUCAAUCCCUCCAUUCCCAUCACCUUCCUUCGGAACGUCACAUGGGUCAUUGUAAAUCUCUGCAGGAAUAAGGACCCCCCACCGCCUAUGGAGACAGUUCAGGAGAUUUUGCCAGCAUUGUGUGUUCUCAUUUACCAUACAGAUAUAAACAUUCUUGUGGACACUGUUUGGGCUUUGUCCUACUUAACAGAUGGUGGAAAUGAACAGAUACAAAUGGUGAUUGAUUCAGGAGUUGUACCUUUUCUAGUUCCUCUUCUGAGUCAUCAGGAGGUUAAAGUUCAAACAGCAGCACUGAGAGCAGUAGGCAACAUAGUAACUGGUACUGAUGAACAGACACAAGUUGUUCUCAAUUGUGAUGUUUUGUCUUACUUCCCAAAUCUCCUGACGCAUCCAAAAGAGAAGAUAAAUAAGGAAGCAGUUUGGUUCCUUUCCAAUAUCACAGCAGGAAACCAGCAACAAGUUCAGGCUGUAAUAGAUGCUGGGCUAAUCCCUAUGAUCAUACACCAGCUGGCUAAGGGGGACUUUGGAACACAAAAGGAAGCUGCUUGGGCAAUUAGCAAUUUGACAAUAAGUGGGAGAAAAGAUCAGGUUGAAUACCUUGUACAGCAAAAUGUAAUCCCACCGUUCUGCAAUCUACUCUCAGUAAAGGAUUCUCAAGUGGUACAGGUGGUGCUGGAUGGUCUGAAAAACAUCCUGAUAAUGGCUGGUGAUGAGGCUAGCACAAUAGCUGAAAUUAUAGAAGAGUGUGGAGGAUUAGAGAAAAUCGAAGCCUUGCAACAGCAUGAGAAUGAAGACAUUUAUAAACUAGCAUUUGAAAUCAUAGAUCAGUAUUUCUCUGGUGAUGAUAUCGAUGAAGAUCCCAGUCUCAUUCCUGAAGCCACUCAAGGAGGUACUUACAACUUUGACCCAACGGCCAACCUUCAAACAAAAGAAUUUAAUUUUUAAGUUCAAAAAAGUGCAGCUUCUCUGUCCCACACCAGUAUGAAGCACCACCAGAUGGCUACCAGGUGAAGAAAUAAAAGGC